UAAAGUUAUUGUUAGAUUAGUAUCAUGAAAGUGAACAUGCUACUGAGCAAGUUAUUUAUUCUUGUGAAAUUAAUUGUUAUGGUAUUAUGCGAACUUGAAAAUGAAACUAUGAAAAUAAGAAAACUGUCAGAUGGUAUGAAGUUAAGUAUCGCGUCAGCUGCUUAUCAAAUAGAGGGGGCGUGGAAUGUGGCAGAUAAAUCACCCAGCAUAUGGGACAUAAUUAGCCACAAACCAAACGUUAUAAAUGACGGCACCACGGGAGACGACGCGUGCAAAUCUUACGAAUAUUACAAACGGGACAUUGAAAUGAUCAAAUUCCUUGGCGUUGACUCCUAUAGAUUCUCAAUAUCGUGGCCUAGGAUAUUGCCGACUGGGUUUCCUAACAAAAUUAGUGAUAAUGGUGUCAGAUAUUACAACAAUGUUAUUAAUGAGUUGCUAGCGAAUGGUAUCGAGCCUAUAGUGACAAUAUAUCAUUGGGAUUUGCCUCAAUCAUUGCAAGAUUUAGGAGGCUGGGCUAAUCCACUGAUCGCGAAUUGGUUUGAAGACUACUCGAGAAUUUUGUUUAAAACGUUCGGAGAUCGAGUGAAAACUUGGAUUACUAUAAAUGAGCCGAAACAGAUAGGGCUGUUUGGGUAUGGAUUGAGUUAUUUGGCGCCGCGUUUGAAUAUCCAUGGCGUAGGGGAGUAUAUAACAGCGAAGCACAUGCUGUUGGCGCAUGCCAGGGUUUGGCACUUGUAUGAUGAGCAGUUUAGGCCACAACAGAAAGGGACAAUCGGCAUAACAAUAGCAACAGAUUUCCGCACGGGCAUGACAGAGUCUCCAGAAGACAUCCAAGCAGGUUCCGAUGCCAUGGACUUCGAAGUUGGGUUGUACGCGCACCCGAUAUUCUCGGCUGAUGGGGAUUUCCCCGAAAGUGUCAAACGGAGGGUGGCUAAGAGGAGCAAGGAACAGGGCUUCGGAAGAAGCAGAUUACCCAAGUUUACAGAUGAGGAGAUCGAAUUUGUCAAAGGUACAAGCGACUUUUACGGUUUCAACCACUACUCAACUCGGUUCUAUACGCGCGAGGGCUUCGCCCCGGGCACUUACCCUGUGCCGUCAUUUGACGACGACCUGGGGGCUGUCUCCUCUUACAAGAACUACACGCCUGCUGCUAUCAUUCAUUGUACUGAAAUCCCAAAAGGUAUGAGACAAGCCCUAAACUGGGUGAAAGAGUCCUGCAACAACCCUCCUGUAAUGAUAACUGAGAAUGGCUUUGGGACGCUCGGAGGCCUGCAAGACAAGGACAGAGUGAGGUACAUCAUGAGGUACAUUGACUCCGUGUUAGACGCUGUGGAUGACGGUGUCAACGUCACCAUGUAUACUGUUUGGAGUUUGAUGGACAAUUUCGAAUGGGUCAACGGAUUGAGAAUAAAAUUCGGCAUAUUUGAAACUGACUACGACAGUAACAUGAAGACCAGACGACCGAGGUUGAGUGCGUUUUGGUUCCGGCAUUUGGUUGCAACCAGAACUUUAGACCCAAAUUUUGAGGCACAAUUUCUAAACCUUGAAUUUUGAUUUUUUGUAAUAAGUUAUGUAAGCAAUCAUACUAAUAAAUCCGAAACUUUGUGAGACAAAUAUACUAUUUCAAAUCUA